UACCAAAUCGAAGCAGCUCAUCUCUCGCAUUAUUUCUUGUUCGAUUCGAUCAUCGUGCAUCGAUCGCUUGCUUUUCGAUUCCGCAGAUCGAUCGAUCACCGCAUCACAGCAGCAGCUAGCUAGCUCGAGCUAACUGAAGCUGAGGUGAGCUGAUUGAGCUAAGCUCGCUCGCGGCGGUGAGAUUAAUGGCGCAGAUGGGCAGGACGGCCGUGGUGGCGCUGUUCCUCGUCGUCGCCGUCGUGGCGGCCGCGUCGGUGCCGGCGGCGGCCGCGUACGGAUGCUACGACGACUGCUACGAGCGCUGCGCCAACGGCAAGACGGACCCGGCCUGCACCUCCAUGUGCAACGAGGCUUGCGGCGUCGCCGGCAAGGCCGCCGCCGGCAUCAGCGCCGCCGUCGGGAUUGGCGCCGCCAUCGGCGCUGGAGCCGGAGCCGCAGCCGGAGCUGGAGUUGGAGCCGGAGCCGCAGCCGGAGCUGGAGCAGGAGCCGGAGCCGGCACCGCCUACGCACCCAAGGCAGCAUGAUCGAGCGGCGGCGCCACCCUCCGUCGUCUGACGUUCGCCGCCGGCCAUCGAUCGACCAUCGUAUAUUCGCGCGUGUUCCGUUGGUUUUUUGUUUGAAAUUUCGUUAAUUUAAACGUCAAGCGUUUAGUUGUUUAAUUAAUUUCUGCAAGUUCGUGUCUCCGAUUUGUAACUCUCAUAU